UAACCCCCCGGCCAAUGACGAACCGGCCAGAACAACAGAGACGGCGCACGGUACUGUUGCCCCCGGCAGAGCCUUCCCGCGGCGAUACAUGCCCAGAGGCCGGCCGAGCCCAGCGAUAAGAGCUGGCCCUACACCUGGCCCAUCGGCGCCCGAAAUCCGAUCGGAGCCCGCGUGCGACGCAUAGCUGCGCUGCCCGUAAAACGAAAGUUACGAAGGGAAAAGACGACAAAAAUGAAAUAUCAAAAAAAAAAUAAAAUAAAGAAAGAACGAAAAAAUAUAUAAAUGUCAAUUCGGCAGAUUCAUGCGUAACACUCAUUACACACAUUCAUAAACCCAUGCCCCAAACGUCCAUAAUCGUCCCACGGAUCCAUUUACCAUAGCUUAGAUUACAGAAUUGCAAGCCCGCUGACGCCGGCUCCCGUGAGUCGCGCUGUCAGCGGAGGGAAAUGCAUGACGUUAGAAAUACAAGAAAUAAGUCAGAUUCCGAACGCCGAGCGAGCUAUGUGAUUUGAUCAAACCCUUUAAUACAAGAACCAAAACAAUACACUCUCCCCCUCCCCGAACUCUACGCACCGAAGAACCAGCCAUGAACGCUACCGAGAACACCCCAGCUAAGGCGCACCAGAGAGCCGCUGCAUCAGCAGAGUCACCCGAAGUCGUAGACCUCACGGAUUUCUCCGACGCCGAGGAACCGGAGUCCGCUGCCAAGGCGGACGAGAAAGCCGCCCCGAAGCCAGGAGUAGCCGAAGAACCCCACACCUCCGAUGGGGACAUGUACGCAGAUAUGGAGAUAGACGCCGACGAGCAGGGGCAGCCGACCACGAGGGUCCCCGAGACAGCCCCCCGCUGUUCUCCCGCCGACCAUCCGGGUUCCGUCGAGAGAACCUGUGGUCGCCGCCGCCGUAUAAACGACGAGCCGCGCCCUGCUCCCCGGAGCCAGGGUCACCGUCAUUCGAAGAGGAGUUCGAAGAUGCCGGUUCUAGCCAGCACAGCUUCCCGGAACCAGAGACGCCAUCAUACGCGCCGAUGUUCGAACAGGAGUUUGAAGAUGCCGGCUAUCACCAGCGCCGCGAUCCCCGAACCGGCCGUGGCAUUUACCGCCCCGAGAGGGGGCUGGAGCGUUACAUACCGAAACCAUACAACGCGUACUACGACGACGGGGAGAGUGAAGAGGAGGAACCCUACGGUCGGCAAUUCAUAGCCGAAACAGAGACCUUUCACCACACGGUCACGCCAUGGGAGUUACGCGUCACGCGUAAGAUGUCCGUAGACGUCUUUGUCCCUCCCGGCCGGAAUGUCAACGCGUUCUUCAGGACAUUCCGAGAAGCCGCGGAACCAAUCGACUACCGCUCCGAACCGGCCGCCCCAGCCAGGGCAAGCCCCCCGCACGUCGAAGCGCGACCGCCAACGCCCGCAUCGGAUCCUCCCCGAUGCCCCAAUCCUCCCGAAGAGUCAGCGGCGGCCACGCCCCCGCACGCCGAAGCGCGACCGCCAACGCCCGCAUCGGAUCCUCCCCGAUGCCCCAAUCCUCCAGAAGAGUCAGCGGCGACCACACCAACGCACGCCGAAGCGCCCCACGCGGAGGCAGCGCAAGGCCCUCCCACUGAAUGGCCCACCGGGGCUACAGAAGAGGGAAACGCCACUCCGGUUCGACAAGCGGAGCUGACCGAACCGGAGGAGCAGUGGGAUACGGGGCCGGACAGCGGGUACCCCACCAUGACCCUACGGAGGGUAAAACAACCCGUUGCGGAGGAGACGGCACUGACCCCCCAAACUGGGGAGUGGGAAGGACAAGACGAGUUGCUGGUGGACUGCGACUUGGAUGAAAUACUACGAUUUUUUUUCCUUUUUAUAUCUCCAGUUUCCCUUAAAUAUAUCGUUACUUAGCCUUAAGAACAGAGAAUGCAUACAAUAAAUGUACCACCAAUAAAGAAACUCAUUCCCCA